UCUAUGGGCCUCUGUUCAGUUCAGUGUACAGUGUGACACAGAUUUCAACAGAAACACAGACAGACAGCAGUGAAAACAACAUCACUGUCAUUAUACUCGAUUAAAUAUUAUUUUUUUAUUAUUAAAUAAAUACUUUAUUGUCCACAUUAAACUACAGAACAUUCGUCACAGAUCAACGUGUUUUGUGUAGCGUCUUUGGGUUUGCAAUGGAGGAGCUUCAUGUUCAUUGCUUGAAAUGCGUCAACCGCCGAUGUAUGAUUAGACCAGAGCCUAGCAUUUCCUGUGAUCUCAUGGGUUGCCCUCUUGUAUGUGGGGCAGUUUUCCACUCAUGCAAACUGAAUGAGCACCGCUUGCUCUGUCCGUACGAAAGAGUCCCGUGUCUGAACCGUGGAUUUGGAUGUCCAUUCACGCUAGUCAGGGUCAAAAUGGCACACCACCUUGAAACGUGCCCAGCCAGCAUUGUGUGUUGCACUAUGGAAUGGAAUCGAUGGCCAGUGAGUUAUGCAGAUUGUAAGUCUUAUGAUAACUUGAUUAAGGAGGUUUGUGACGUGGAGCAGCUCGACAUGGCUUUGGCCCUCCAGGAUCAGCGAAUGUUGCUGGAGUCGCUUAAAGUGGCGACCACUGUGACAAAAUCUCUGGAGGAGCAAAAUCAGGACGAUUCCAGCCCCCAGGAUUCAGACCCGGAAAAUGAAUUUACACAACCUUACACAAUUUCAGUGGAAAACAGUAGAAGCUUUGCUGCCACUUUGGACGUUCUCCGUAGUGCGAAAAAUAUUGACUUGAUUGUGGAGAAUCUUGAUGGUGAGGAACUGAAUGGAGGUUGCAACAGUGUCAGGAAUGGCGAUGGGGACUUCAGCAAUGACACAAAGGAAAGUGACACUGAUUCAGAUUCAGAUCUGGGAGCGGUAGGUGGUGCUGACUGUCCUUUUCCAGUAGACCCUGAAGAUGAAAGAGAUGAUUGGCUGGAGAACAGUGGAUGUGGUGAAUCUUCUGAAGAAGAAGGCGAAAUGAAUGGUGGGAUAGAACUCAGUGGACUUCCUAAUGAAGGGAACACUGACAGCCAGGUUAGACUUGAAAGAGUCAAUGCCUCUUCAAACGUAAGCCAGGUUUUACCUGAUCAUUCCAUACCUGCUCUAGCACAGGAGCCUGAAAUUGCCCACUUGCCCCAACUACCUAUUCCUUUUCCCAUCCCUGUGCCUAACCUAAUGCACAACAAUGUUCUGCACCACUUCUCUUUUAGAAUUGAGGACCGAUGGCUGGAGCGCAAGUUGGAAAAUCUCCAAGUACUCAGGGGAAUGAACUUGUUUACAAUCAAUGGGCGAAGAACUCUGUUUUCUAACCCCUAUUUAUUCAAAGCCAAGAUGGAGGACAAGGCUGUGGACACGUCAGACCUUGAGGUGGCAGAUGAUCCGAUGGGUCUUCACGGCAUUGACCUCAUCACUGCUGCUUUGCUCUUUUGUUUGGGAGACUCACCUGGAGGUAGGGGCAUCUCAGACAGUCGCUUUGUAGAUGGGUAUCGAAUUGACUUUGGCACGCAAACCUUCUCCCUCCCUUCCGCCAUACUGGCAACCAGCACCAUGGUAGGUGACAUUGCCUCAGCAUCUGCCUGUGACCACGCCAGUCCACAACUCUCCAACCCCAUUCCAUUUCACACCCUCAGAUUAGACCUCGUUCUAGAGUGUGUGGCACGCUAUCAGACCAAACAGCGCUCUAUGUUCACCUUCGUAUGCGGACAGCUGUUUCGGAGGGAUGAGUUCUCCUCCCAUUUUAAGAAUGUCCAUGGUGACAUACAUGCUGGCCUUAAUGGUUGGAUGGAGCGAAGGUGCCCAUUGGCGUACUAUGGAUGCACCUACUCACAAAGAAGGUUCUGCCCUUCGGUACAAGGAUUCAGAAUCAUCCACGACCGACACCUGAGCUCCUUUGGGGUGCAACCUGGGUUAGCAGCUUAUCCCGAUGAGCCUCUAUCCAAAACUGUAACCUGUCAGUCCAGGUCCCACUGUGACCACCUUAGUGACCUUCCUUUUGAGUUACUCCAGCACAUUGCAAGCUUCUUGGAUGGCUUUAGCCUGUGCCAACUCUCCAGGGUGUCUCACACUUUGAGGGAUGUGUGUGCCAGUCUUCUUCAAUCACGUGGCAUGGUGGUCCUGCUCUGGGAGAAGACGAAGCGAGCUGAUGGAACCUCAUCCUGGCAGAUACAAGACAAGGUGUGGCGCUUCAGUACGGCAUUCGAAACUGUGAACGAGUGGAAGUUUGCAGACAUUUCCAGCAUGGCCGACCACCUCAAGACGUGCAAGUUUAACACCAUAACACGGAGAGAAGAGGCUGUCCCACUUCCAUGUAUGAGUUUCACAAAAGAACUUACAAAAGAGGGACGCUCUAUACGUUCAGUGCUUAAACCAGUGAUAUAGACUGUGAGGAUUUCAUUUUAUAAUACACCAUGCCUUAUGUGUUUAAGUGAACCGUGGGAUUUGUUUGGCGACAUAAUCAUUAAAAUAAGAGCCUCAACUUAAACCACUUUUGGAAGAGUUGUUUUUGAAUAAACGAUAUCUACCUGCUGUAGUGAUGAUGGUUGUGCUGUCUUGCACUUUUGAUACAGUAUAUUCAGGCUUUUUUUUUUUACAAAUGUAUUGCUUUUGUUGAGAUAUGUAGCUUUAAACCAGAAACACUGAAUUGUUAAAUGGUGAUGACCAAACGGAAAGCCAUUGUCUUCAUCUUUGUAAUGCAGGAACACACAAUACAAUUAUUUCUGUCAUAUAGAUCAGUGGUCCUCAACUGGUUUUACUUUUGGACCCAAAGUUACAUUGAACAUGAAAUGGUGACCAUAUACAAAUCUGGACGUAACUCGUCUUUACUGUACUCUUGGUCAUUUUUUUGUUUAUUUUUAACCAUACUUAGUUGUCCUCCUUGAGGAUGAUGUCAAGCAAAUUCUCCAUUUUGGCAUUUGAUUAAGUACAUAAAUUUGUUCCAAAAUACAACGUUUGAUUAGACAUUGUUUAAAAGAUAUACAAACUGUUUUCUCUUUACAAGUCCAUUUAUAUUACUUCCUACUUAUUCAUGGCUAUAUGGCUAACCGUUGAUUUUAUUUGAUCAAUUUCGUUUGACAAACAGAACAGACCUGCAAAUUGAGAACCACUGAUGUAAACUUUAUUCACCUGAUUUCUCUCUCAUUUAAAAAUCUAUAAAUUACAGUCUUUGAUAUUUUUAAUCAGGUUUUCAGAAUAAACACAUAACAAUUAUUUUUCUGAGAUGCAUUAAUAUUAUCCAGUUUUAACUGUGUAAGACAUAUACUACUUGAUACUGUCACACACUACACUUCCAGUGGUCAUCCUGAAAUGUAAAUGUACUUUCUAUUUUGAUGGCAUGUGCUGAAUUAUUACUUUUUCAAUCUACCUGAUUGUGAGUCAUUGUUCAAAACCUGCAGGACAGGUAUAAGACUGCAGCUGUAGCCUGGUUUUGGUUGCACACGGUACAUGUGCAGAUUUACUUCUCUGUCUCAGGGGUUUAACAUCAAGCAUAAGCCAUUAUAGACAGUUUAUCUUUGAGAAGCUAGACGCCAGCUUGUGAUUUUCUACUUUUAUUUGUUGAUGGUUUAAAAGUCAAGUUUACAGUUCCUAAAAGUUAAGAUUUUUACUGUAACUCUUUUCAGGUGUGCAGUGACAAUGUUUCAGAUUGCUAACAUUUUGAAAUGUUGCAAUAUUUUCAUCUGAAAAGAAAACAAUUCUCUCACCUUGUUAAACCUUGUUUAAGGGAUUAGAUGUGUGAUAUGUCUUACUGUUUGUGCUUUCUGUGAAUUUUGAGUAUGACAGUCCUUACAUUUGUGUUGAUGACAAUAGAACAAUAUUCUGAAACAUUUGAGUUAUGAAUAAUCUAAUUUUAACAUCUUUGAAAACUGAAGAGUUAUAAAAAUGCUUAAAAAUAAAUAUAUAUAUAUAUAUAUAUAUAUAUAUAUAUA